AUGACGACUUUCACGCGGCUGGUGCCGAUACGGAUACUGACACUGAUCCUGGCACUGGCCACACUGGCCACUCUGACUGAAGACGAACCUGACGACGAACCUGACGAUGAACCUCAAGACUCAAACAUCCGAGCCACUCUGUCAAAGAGUGAGCGCACUGCUGAUGUUCGCACUGUCUUCACUCGCAAUGACAAGGAAUGGGGAGCAUAUAGGAAUGGGCACCUUUCUGCAGCAGUAGAGGCUGAGGGCCAUGCAGCUUCAUUGGACAAGUAG